AAAAUAUUCCUCGCACAGAUCCUGCUCUGCUCUCACCAUUUUCAUCGGUGGUCGAUCGGCGGCGUUUGAGCUGCAAGCAAGCAUUAUUUCCAGCAUCAACAUUAGGAAAGAAGCAGCAAAAAAAAAAGCAAGCGCUAUCAAGGAACCGCAUCGCAUCGUAUCGCAGUGAACACGACCCAAAAAAGUGCCGGAGACCAGUUGGAAACGAUUAAAGAACAGCUUAAAACAUGGCAGAACCCACAAAGGAUGAACUUCGCAAGGAAAUUGCCGCUAUCCUGAAAGAUGCUAACUUGGAGGAAACGGCCGCCAAGAAGGUGCGCCUACAGUUGGAAGCGAAUCUCAAAUGUGAUCUCUCCGCUCGGAAGAAAGAAGUUGACGAUCUGGUUAUGGAGUACGUGAAUGCCCAGGAGUCGGAUGAAGGGGACGAUUUAGAUGAGGAAGAAGAGGAGAAGGAACCUCCGAAAAAGAACGAUAAGAAACCGGCGGCAAAGAAGAAGCAAGAGAGUGCCGAUGACGAUGAGGAAGAAGAUGAAGAGGACGAGGAGGAGGAGGAUGAGUCCGAAGAUGAAGGAGCUAAGAAAAAGGGCAAGCGCGGAGCACCGGCUAAGCGAGGAUCUGCCAAGAAGAAGAAACGCGGCUCCGAUAGUGAGGAAGAGUCGGAAGGUUCUGAAGAGGAAUCGGACGAUGACUACAAGCCGAAGAAGGGUGCUAAAGGAGCCGCUAAGAAAGCUCCGGGUCGCAAGAAGAAAGGUGGUUCGGAGUCCGAUUCCGACGAAGAUUGGAAACGACAGGCAAAACAGAAGGGAAAGAAAGCUGGCCCUGGCAAGGGCAAAGGUAAAGGAACAGGUUACACACGACCCUACAACCUUUCGCCUGAGCUGGCCGCUAUCUGUGGGGCGGAUGCGCUUCCCCGGCAUGAGGUUGUUAAGAAAGUUUGGGCCAUAAUCAAGGAACGGAAAUUGUAUGAUCCUAAAAACAAACAGUAUGCCAUCUGCGACGCAGAACUGCAGAAAGUGAUUGGCGUCAAACGAUUCCGCACGUUCGGAAUGUUGAAGUAUCUCAAGCCACAUUUCUUAGAUUAAGGAAGGUAGGCAGGCGCUUCUGCGUUUGGGGGAAAUAGGCACCGUAACACAUCCACGUAUGUUAUCCCCUAAUGUUUUCCUAUUUAACAAACUCGCUAUAUGCGCAAUUGGAGAGCUUUCUCCGCCAAUUCUAUUCCACAGACGCAAUUAAUGGAUUAGUAAGCCAUUAACCGCAAACGUAUUUUUUUUACUAUGAAAAUUAUUUUCCUCGUUCAAGUAAAAGUGUGAAUCGAUGGAAACACAUCGAACUUAUUGGAACUGCGCAAAGAAAUAGGCAGCAAAAGAACGCAGAGUCACU